CUCUCUCUAACAGAGUUGAUCACAUACAGCCAGAUAGAGAGCGGUCUGCUGAAGGCGGAGCUAAAGGACAAGGUGAUUUACACGUUGCUCCGGAAACAUCGCCACCAGACGAAGAAGUCCAACCUGCGCUCGCUAGCUGACAUCGGCAAGACGGUCUCCAGUGCAACCCGUAGUCCGCUUGAAAACUCAGUGCCUUGUCUAACAGUCCGUACCUCAAUGGAGGAGCUGCAGACCCAGCGGAGCACCAGCAUGGACUGGCUUAGCAGUCCAGCCACCACACAUCGGAACCUGGCCUCAAGCAGCAUGAACGACAUCUCCGACAAACCAGACAAAGACCAGCUGAAGAACAAGUUCAUGAAGAAGCUUCCCCCAGACGCAGAGGCGUCCAACGUUCUCGUUGGAGAGGUGGACUUCCUGGACGCCCCCUUCGUGGCAUUUGUCCGUCUACAGCAGGCUGUGAUGCUGGGAGCCCUCACCGAAGUCCCCGUCCCCACCAGAUUCCUUUUCAUCCUUUUAGGACCCAAAGGAAAAGCCAAGUCCUAUCAUGAGAUAGGAAGAGCUAUCGCCACCCUCAUGUCAGAUGAGGUGUUCCAUGACAUAGCGUACAAGGCGAAGGACAGAGAGGAUCUGCUGGCUGGCAUCGAUGAGUUUCUGGAUGAGGUGAUCGUUCUACCCCCGGGGGAAUGGGACCCGGCCAUCAGGAUAGAACCGCCCAAGUCUGUACCCUCUGCUGACAAGAGGAAGAACAUGUAUGCAGGAGGCGACAGCGGCCAUAUGAACGGAGACACGCCCCAUGAUGGGGGAGGGGGGGGAGGGGGGCACGCAGUGGGAGACGAGCUCAAGAAGACAGGCAGGUUUUGUGGCGGCCUCCUACUUGACAUCAAAAGGAAAGCUCCAUUCUUCGCCAGUGAUUUCUACGAUGCGUUCCACAUCCAGGCGCUGUCGGCCAUCCUGUUCAUCUAUCUAGGAACCGUAACUAAUGCCAUCACCUUCGGAGGGUUGCUAGGAGAUGCCACCGACAACAUGCAGGGGGUGUUGGAGAGCUUCCUGGGCACGGCGGUAUCUGGAGGGAUCUUCUGUCUGCUGGCUGGCCAGCCUCUCACCAUCCUCAGCAGCACUGGACCUGUCCUGGUCUUCGAAAGGCUCCUCUUCAACUUCAGCAAAGACAAUGACUUUGACUACCUGGAGUUCCGGCUGUGGAUUGGUCUGUGGUCUGCGUUCUUUUGUCUGGUGCUGGUUGCUACUGACGCCAGCUAUAUGGUUCAGUACUUCACCCGAUUCACAGAGGAGGGUUUUUCCUGCCUCAUCUCCUUCAUCUUCAUCUAUGAUGCCUUCAAGAAGAUGCUGAAGCUGGCUGACUACUACCCCAUCAACUCUGACUACCAGAUCGACUAUGUCACCCAGUAUGACUGUAUGUGUAUGGCCCCUACCAUCUUAGAAAACAGUACGGGGGUGUUCGGAGAUCCUCUGGAUGCUGAUAGCACUGCUGUCUGGUACUUCAACAACACUGAUCUACCUCUGAAUGCCACGUGGUCGUCCCUGUCUAAGAAGGAUUGUCUGAAGUAUGGAGGAGAGCUGGUGGGGAAGGCCUGUAAAUAUGUUCCUGACAUCACUCUGAUCUCCUUCAUCCUUUUCCUGGGAACCUACACCACCUCCAUGAUGCUGAAGAAGUUCAAGGCCAGCCCCUUCUUUCCUACAUGGGUGAGGAAACUCAUCAGUGACUUUGCCAUUAUCUUGGCCAUCCUGAUCUUCUGUGGUGUGGACAUGCUAGUAGGAGUGGACACUCCCAAGCUCAUAGUCCCAACUGAGUUCAAGCCAACGAGCCCCAACCGUGGCUGGUUUGUUCCCCCUUUCGGAGGCAACCCGUGGUGGGUGUACGUGGUGUCAGCACUGCCUGCCCUGCUGGUCACCAUCCUGCUCUUCAUGGACCAGCAGAUCACCGCUGUCAUCGUCAACAGGAAGGAGCACAUGCUGAAGAAAGGCGCAGGCUACCACCUGGACCUGUUCUGGGUUGCAGUUCUGAUGAUUGUGUGUUCCUUCAUGGGGUUGCCAUGGUACGUGGCGGCGACGGUUAUCUCAAUCGCUCACAUUGACAGUCUGAAGAUGGAGACAGAGACAUCCGCCCCUGGAGAAAUGCCCAAGUUCCUGGGAGUGAGGGAGCAGAGAGUCACUGGUGUGUGUGUGUUCAUUCUGACGGGACUGUCUGUCUUUAUGUCUCCCAUCCUCAAGUUCAUCCCCAUGCCAGUGCUGUAUGGAGUGUUCCUCUACAUGGGCGUGGCCUCUCUUAAUGGAGUGCAGUUUAUGGACCGUCUACAGCUGCUCCUGAUGCCAGCUAAGCACCAACCUGAUCUUGUGUACCUGCGCCAUGUUCCUCUGAGGAAGGUCCAUCUGUUUACCUUCAUCCAGAUCCUGUGUCUGGCGCUGCUCUGGGUCCUCAAGUCCACCGUGGCCGCAAUUAUAUUCCCUGUCAUGAUCCUGGCCCUGGUCGCGGUGAGGAAGACGAUGGACUACAUGUUCUCUCAACACGAGCUGAGCUUCCUGGAUGAUGUCAUCCCUGAGAAGGACAAGAAGAAGAAGGAGGACGCUAAGCAGAAGAAGAAGAGGAGGAGCAUCGACAGUGACAUUGAGGAUGAGAUAAAUCCUCAUCAUUCCUGGAUCGACACUCAUCGUGCUGAGCAGCUGCUCUUCUACCAGGCCAACUGUCAGUCAAGUCCAGAGAUGAGUCCACUCAACGUGCCUCAGAUUAGGAUUGAGAUGGACCCUGAUGACAACGGUUACCACUGGAAGAGCCGAGGGUCUGCGACCUCUCUGUAGCCCCUACAUCUCAACAGCCCCAAGACCCUCCUCCAUGCCCCAAGACCCUCCUCCAUGCCCCAAGCCUCUCCUCCAUGCCCCAAGCCUCUCCUCCAUGCCCCAAGACCCUCCUCCAUGCCCCAAGACCCUGCCCAUGCCCCAAGCCUCUCCUCCAUGCCCCAA